CGGUGCAGCAUGGCGGCGGCGGGUGCCCUGCAGCCCCAGGCCGGGGCGGUCGCCGCCGCCGCCAGCGCCGCGGCGGACGAGUCGUCGGACAGCGAGCCGGAGCAGGAGCCGGGCUCGCCGCAGAAACUCAUCCGCAAAGUCUCCACGUCCGGGCAGAUCCGCCAGAAGACUGUCAUCAAAGAGGGAAUGCUGAUGAAACAGACCAGCUCCUUUCAGCGCUGGAAGAGACGAUAUUUUAAGCUGCGAGGACGAACGCUCUACUAUGCAAAGACUGCUAAGUCCAUUAUUUUUGAUGAGGUGGAUCUGACAGAUGCCAGUGUGGCAGAAUCCAGCACUAAGAACGUCAACAACAGCUUCACAAUUAUCACUCCAUGUCGGAAGCUCAUCCUUUGUGCUGAUAACAGAAAAGAGAUGGAAGAUUGGAUUGCAGCACUGAAGACUGUACAGAACCGUGAACAUUUUGAGUCUACCCAGUACAGCAUGGACCAUUUCUCAGGGAUGCACAACUGGUACGCCUGCUCACACGCUCGGCCAACAUACUGCAAUGUGUGUCGGGAAGCAUUAUCUGGAGUCACAUCACAUGGGCUCUCGUGUGAAGUGUGCAAGUUUAAAGCCCACAAGCGGUGCGCUGUGCGGGCCACCAAUAAUUGCAAGUGGACAACUCUGGCCUCUAUUGGGAAAGAUAUCAUUGAGGAUGAAGAUGGGAUCUCAAUGCCACAUCAGUGGUUGGAAGGAAACCUGCCCGUGAGUGCCAAAUGCACUGUGUGUGAUAAAACCUGUGGCAGCGUCCUGCGUUUGCAAGACUGGCGCUGCCUUUGGUGCAAAGCCAUGGUACACACAGCAUGUAAAGAGUUACUGCCAAGCAAGUGCCCUCUUGGGCUAUGCAAAGUAUCUGUCAUUCCUCCUACUGCUCUUAACAGCAUUGAUUCAGAUGGUUUCUGGAAAGCUACUUGCCCUCCUUCUUGCACAAGUCCUUUGUUGGUCUUUGUCAACUCAAAAAGUGGAGACAACCAGGGAGUAAAAUUUCUACGAAGAUUCAAGCAGCUACUGAAUCCAGCGCAGGUAUUUGACCUUAUGAAUGGAGGACCUCACCUUGGUUUACGCUUAUUCCAGAAGUUUGACACUUUCCGGAUUUUGGUUUGCGGUGGGGAUGGAAGUGUUGGCUGGGUUCUCUCUGAAAUUGAUAGCCUCAAUCUUCACAAGCAGUGCCAGCUGGGAGUGCUGCCACUGGGAACAGGGAAUGAUCUUGCUCGUGUAUUAGGCUGGGGAUCUGCUUGUGAUGAUGAUACCCAGCUCCCACAGAUCCUGGAAAAGCUGGAAAGGGCGAGUACCAAAAUGUUGGACAGGUGGAGCAUUAUGGUGUAUGAAACCAAACUCCCUCGGCAGGCCUCCAGUUCCACAGUCACUGAAGAUUUCAGUGAGGAUUCGGAGGUGCAGAAGAUUCUCUUCUAUGAAGACUCUGUUGCUGCUCAUUUGUCCAAAAUUUUGACUUCUGACCAACAUUCAGUGGUCAUCUCCUCAGCCAAGGUGCUUUGUGAGACAGUGAAGGAUUUUGUGGCUCGAGUAGGGAAAGCCUAUGAGAAGGCAACAGAAAGCUCAGAGGAAUCAGAGGUCAUGUCCAGGAAGUGCUCUGUCCUGAAGGAGAAGCUGGACUCAUUAUUGAAGACACUGAAUGAUGAAUCUCAAGCAUCUUCAUCUCUGCCAAACCCUCCUCCCACCAUUGCAGAGGAAACCGAAGAUGGUGACGGGUCAGGCAGUGCUUGUGAUUCUUCCAGUGACCGGUCAGUGGGCUCAUCAUGUACUGCACGGCCCCAGAUAUUUCGCCCUCGGGAACAGCUCAUGUUGAGAGCCAACAGCUUGAAAAAAGCCAUUCGUCAGAUUAUAGAGCAUGCAGAAAAAGCUGUAGAUGAACAGAAUGCCCAGACUCAGGAGCAGGAGGGCUUCCUCCUUAGUCUCUCAGCCUCUGAAGAGGGCAAGGAGCUAAGGAAUGAGGACAAAAUCUCCCUGCAGUCAUCACACAGCAGCAGCUAUGGAUUGUCCAAAGGAAGGAGCCAGAGGAAAGCAUCCAAGUCUCCUUGUGAAAGGCAGAUAAGCAAAGGAAGUUUAUCACUGGGCAGUUCUGCAUCUCUUCCUCCCCAGACAGGAAAUCGGGACAACUUGCCAAUGCUGAACACAAAAAUCCUCUACCCAAAUAUCCGUGCUGGCAUGUCCGGGUCUUUGCCUGGGAGCUCUGUCAUCAGUCGUUUGUUGAUCCACGCUGAUCCCUUCAACUCUGAGCCAGAAAAUCUUGAAUGUUACACAGAGAAGUGUGUGAUGAAUAACUACUUUGGGAUUGGACUGGAUGCAAAGAUUUCUUUGGACUUCAACAACAAACGUGACGAGCACCCAGAGAAAUGCAGAAGUCGUACUAAAAACAUGAUGUGGUAUGGAGUAUUGGGGACCAAGGAGUUGCUACACAGAACGUAUAAAAACCUGGAGCAGAAAGUGUUGCUGGAGUGUGAUGGGAGGCCAAUCCCUUUGCCCAGCCUCCAGGGAAUUGCUGUACUCAACAUUCCCAGCUAUGCAGGAGGCACCAAUUUCUGGGGUGGAACGAAGGAAGAUGAUACAUUUACAGCCCCCUCCUUCGAUGACAAGAUUUUGGAGGUGGUAGCCGUGUUUGGUAGCAUGCAGAUGGCAGUCUCACGAGUGAUAAACCUACAGCACCAUCGGAUUGCACAGUGUCGUACUGUGAAGAUAGCCAUCCUGGGAGAAGAGGGAGUUCCUGUCCAAGUGGAUGGAGAAGCCUGGAUCCAGCCUCCAGGUUACAUCUGGAUUGUUCAUAAGAACAGGGCACAAACCCUGACCCGAGACAGGGCAUUUGAGAGCACCCUGAAGUCCUGGGAGGACAAACAGAAGUGUGAGUUGUCCCGACCCUCCUCUUUCUCUCUGCAACCAGAAAUCAUGUCCGAAGAAGAAUCCACCCAGAUCAACCAGUUUGGUCAAACUGCAGGUGCUCUGAUCCACAGCAUUCGGGAAAUAGCCCAAUCCUACCAGGACAUGGAACAGGAGCUUGCCCAUGCUGUCAAUGCCAGCUCCAAGUCUAUGGACAAAGUCUACGCUAAAUCCAAGUCUACCGAGGGUCUGAACUGCAGCCUUGUUGUAGAGAUGGUGAAUAAUGUCAAAGCCCUGCAUAAUGAGACUGAACUACUGCUGGCAGGCAAGAUGGCACUGCAAUUAGAUCCUCCCCAAAAGGAGCAGCUCCAAGCAGCCCUGGCAGACAUGGACCUCCAGUUGAGGAAACUGGCAUUGAUCCCUUGGCUGUGGCAGCUUAUGGAGCCCUGUGAUGAGGAGAAUCAGAUGCUGGAUUAUUCUAAACGCAGCCGCAGCGGCAAAUUCCGGCUGGUGACCAAGUUUAAAAAAGAGAAGAACAACAAAAAUAAGGAAACACAUAGUAGCAUGGGAUUGCCGGUUCACCUCUGGGGAACGGAGGAGGUUGCGGCUUGGCUUGAGCAUCUCAGUCUUUGUGAGUAUAAGGAUAUCUUCAUCCGGCAUGACGUCCGGGGCUCUGAGCUCCUGCACCUCGAACGGAGGGACCUCAAGGACCUGGGUGUGACCAAAGUGGGUCACAUGAAGAGGAUUCUGCACGGGAUCAAGGAGCUGAGCCGGAGUACUCCUGCCAGCGAGGUUUAGCCUCUGUUUUCACAGCCUGUGUCUACCAUUCCCCCUAACUGCACAGCAGUCACCUCACAGAGCAGAUGUGCUCACAACUGUCUCCACUGAACAGCCAAAUCGCAACUGUUCAGAGCUCAUAUCAACCAAGCAUGGUGCUACCUUUCUUUCCUGUGGGGUACAGCUGCAUCCAUUCAAGAGGCACCUUACCUGCAUUCGGGCAGAGCCUCCUGGGAGAGAACUUGCUUUCAGUUUGAAGAACUGUGUCCUCCAGUGUGGGAAGUUCUGGUUCCAGUGACAGUGACAGUGCAGGACUCCUGAGAAUUGCAACACAGCUACCUUUACUGGAUAAUUUCAUCACAGUACAAUUAUUCAGGGCAAAAGAUACAUUGGCCAGUCUUAGUUCAGAAGCAUCUGACAGUCUUUUUGAACUGAAAACUUGCCUGCUCAUCUGUGUGUCAUAUCUGUAGCUUAGAACAUUUAAGUGGAACAAAGCCUUGUCCUUGUCUUACUGAUCCCUUUUUAACACAACUGUAGUUGCAUGUGAUUUGUGUCAGAAAUUCCAAGCCAGUACAGACCUCUCCUUGCUGAUGAAUACCUAUUGAUCUUCACACACACAUCCCUCGCAACUAACAAUGCACGUGGUUAGAGCAGCUGCACCAAUGUGUGGUCUGCUGCUGGGCCUGGCUCUCUGCUCACAGCCAGUCAAAUGGUACAACAUUGAGGUUUUCAGGCUUCACAAACAAGUGUUUGGAAGUUACUGAUGCUAAGAAAAGACAGUUCUCAAGAGCUGAAAGAUUACGAGAAGUCAGCUCUGACUGCAUUCAUCUUCAGGAGACAGAUGAAAGGGAGAAGAACACUAUCUAGCUGUUUGGGCCAUGCAAGAAAUGUAAUGGAAUGAAGUGAGAUGUGGAACAAAUUGCUCCACUUCAAUUUGGGGAACAGCAUGACUGGCAGCAGCCAGGAGUGUCUUGCUGUCCAUUUGGUGCCACUGUGAUGGCUGCAGACAGCAAAGCUCUUGCUUUACUUCUUCUUGCAGUUGCAGAAGAAUGUCACAGAAGAUACAGUCUAUCUGUAGUAUGGGCAUUUUUCCACCUGUCUUGGUGGAAAAGCUGCUAGAACCUUGCUUCUUUCUCUUGCUGCCUUGCUCCUUCACUCCAAGUUGGAUACCAAAAGAUUAGGGUGGCUCAGUCCUCCUGGGUUGUACCCCUAUGGGAGCAACCAUGCUAUCAAACAUCAGGGCUCAUACAAGAGCUAUGAGAGAAAGUUGAUUGUUGCAGAGCAGAAAAGCACUGGAAUAUGCUGGUACAUAGCCUUUGGUAUCGCCAACAGUGGAGUAUGGAAAAAUCAGUGCCUCUAAAUCAGAGUUUCUAGAUGGCCUUUAAACUCCUCUGUACUGCCAGACCCCAGUUGGGUGACUUACAGCCCAGAGACCAGCAUGUGUAAUUGUAUUGCCAUGUUUAUCACUGCAGAGCAAAUUUGGGAACAUUCAGUGCUAUAAAGGUGGAGAGACAGCAGGAAUUUUCAGUUACUUUGUAAUUUUGUAUGUAAUUAUUUUUUUUCUAAAUUAUUACAGUGCAGCACUUGUCUGCUUUUGGCUGCAGACAGUAAAAUGUUCACAUUCACAGUGACAAAAAAAAAAAAUAAUUUCCUGAGGACAUCUAUUUCCAUUAUUAUUGCUGAGGGUUUAUUUUGUCAACUUUACAUCAGCUGUGUAGUCUGACAGCAGUCAGUCAAGUUAUUUUAUGUCAAGACUUGUCUGUUUCAAAAGGUUGCAGGCUGAUUUCAUGCUGGGCAAACUCCAUUGCAACCUUUAGGAUGUCACCAAGGGUAGUUCUUACUCUUCCUAUCUUUUUUUAGCUCAUUCAUUCACCUACAUCUCUCUUGGCCUGGUGAGUUGGCAGGGUUUGCACAUGAAAAGUUGGAAGACUAAGCAUGCUUGAACAAGCUAGCAAAAAUUCUGGUAUAAAUACCGUGGGGACCAAGAAAGGAAUAGGUUCAGCUUUUCCAUAACUGUGUUCUUCAUAUCUGUACAUCAGCAAUUGCUUCACUGGCUGUACUUUUUCCUUAUCAGUACAAAACUGUGUCACUUAGCAAUGUGCAUGGCAGGGAAGUCUGCAAGGGAGCACAAGGCUCUGGAGCUGGGCUGAGGUCUGUGUUUGCUCCUUUGGAUGGUGAUGGAGCUGUGAAGUUUCUCCAAGGAACCUCAUGUUUAAAGUCCAUAAGCAGUAUACACUUGCCUUCCAUCUUUCCUGGUGGUUAUGUUCUUAACAGAUAGGGCUCCUCUCUACUCUUCCUGCUGAGAGUAACAAGGGAAUGCAAAGAGCUUUACACAUAGGUGUGUUCCUUAUUAGUGCUGUGCCUGAAGAGGCGUCCUGCCAUCCGCCCUGGUGAUGAUUCCUGCAGAGAUGAAUCUUCCUUUCUUAUACAUUUAUAGUCUGUCUUGUAGAUAGGUUCAAAUGCUUUUUGUGCAGGUGCACCUUUUAUCAGAGCAUUCAUAGCCAGUCUAUCCCUGCCUGUUAUUGAGGGCAAGGAGGGGGUUCUACCUUCUUUUAAGAGCUAGAAAAUGGGAUCUAUAUUCAACCUGAGUGCCUUUAAAUAUUAAGGUUUCUGCCUAACAGAAGGGUUGUAGCUCUCUACGUCUCACUGAGAAUAGUGCUGAUUUCUGCUGUAGAGAUGUGAGCAGAUGAGGACAAUGUGUCAAACAUCAGUGAGAGCUUAUCUGCAAAGCAGGGAGCCGGGCUGAAUUCUGGCCACGUUCAUCUGAGUUCCUCUUCUGCUGUCCCAUCAUUUCUGUUGUAGGAGAGAAACUCAGGAAAUACAGACAGUAAAAAAAUCUGCUUCACCAAAAAGAAAGAGACUCUCCUGCAGUCUCAGGUAAAACACCAGCUUGAGAGAAGCUAGAACUGCACAUACCACAUCUCUGUUUAGUCUCCUAAGAAGUGCUACUGUUGUGCAAGCCUUGUGCCACCUGCUGGUUAUCAGCCCUCACGGCUGGCAGUGAGUGGGAAGGAGCUGAGCAGUGCCCACAACAAGCUGUGCGUACAGCUCUGUGCUGGGAAGAGCUUUCAGCCCAUUAUCUCACGUUCUGGCCCCAGAAAUUCACCCUUUGUGGCAAAUUCUGGGGAUUUGGCAUAACCCUGUGUUAUGAUGGUGUGGGGUUGCAGAGGACACCAGAGGGAGGCUCAGCUCAUGGACCAGCUCCUGUUCCAGCCCUGCUGAGGGCUGUUAGUGCUGAUGCUGUCUUCCAGGUUAUCUGGUGGGAUCUUUCCCUGCUGGGAGCACCUUGGAAUGAUUCCGUGCCGCGUUGUAUGGAGAGCUCCAUUCAUUGCUUCAGUAGGAUUUCCAUUUGUGCAUACUGUUUCUGUGAUUGAAAAAGACUGUUUACAAAAUAUUUUGUAUCUUAAGCUGCGCGUACUGUAAAAAGGAAAGGAUGGAAACGGAUGUUUUUCUACACCUGUCAGCAGUGACUGCAUGUCUGUGUCAUCAUCCAGCAACCGCUGUUCCUCAGGGGUCUCCCCGCCGUUCUGUGAUCCUGUUGGAAGCAUAGGGAAGCACAUGAAUCCCUGUACAGUCUUGGGAAGAAGGUUUUGUGCCUUAAGAAUGGGACCUGCUUCCCUCCUAUUUAUUGUGUUAAUUUAUACAGUGAUUAUCACGGAAAUGUCUCUUGUAUUAUUAUUCUUAUUAUUUUUUUUUUGUACGUAGUUUACUGUUGGUUUGUUGUAAAUAAGUUUUUCUUGUAUAUAAAGUAAACAUGUUUCUGAGCUUCCAGGAAAGAUUCUGUUACUGAUUUUGUUGUGUGAGAAGGUGGUGCCCACCUGGUGGGAGCAGCUAAUAAACGUCUGUGCUGUGACAGAUGGCUUUAUCCUGAAUUGCAUUGGGAACACAGAGCUGUUCCCUGGAGAGGAGUGAAAUGGUAAAUGCUGUUUAUUGCAGAUCACUUUUGUCUUGGCUUAAUUGCUGCGAGGUAGAAAACAUCAUGCAGAUAUUUGUUGGUGGCUCUCUCUGCAGUGAGCAAAAGAAGAGGGGUUUGAUGGUUCUGCUGCUGCUCAGCUGUCUGCAAAACCAAACCAGGAGGGGAAGGUGCUCUGAGAUAAAGCCCUGUGUCUGAAUGCUGGUUAUUCUGUCCCCUUUUGUGCUGUCAGGAGUGAGCAGUGAGGAUGCACACGUGCUUGUUGGCAUCAGAUCUGUACGGUGUGACCACACUGCUGUCGUUGUGCAGUAGGAUAUGGGCUGAUGCUCUGCUCAGGCCGCUGUGCUUUCAGUUCAUUGCAGCACGCCCAGUAACAAGUGAGAAAACAAUUGCAAAGAUCUGGCAGAAAUCGAUUUCUCGUGAAGUAUGGAAAUGCACUGCCAUAAAAUGAUGCCUGUACACUUGAAACUAAAGGAUU